AGCAGUGUGUUUUUGUAGAAUCAUUUGCAGAUGGAAAUCUUCAGCUACUAGCAGGGAGAUGGAGAAAGACCCUCAGCAAGUUGAGCCAGGGAAGAGCUUUGGCAGGCCGAGGUCGGUGCACACUGAAGCCUGUCCAAGCAUCGAGGACCUGGGGAGUCUUGAGGAAUGUGGACGAUCCCUAAAUCCCCAGCGAGAAAAUACGGAGCGCUACCAGGAGGAGGAUGCAGCCAACAUCCAGCACAGCAGCUCUGGCAGUGUUGAAGUGGGGAGCUCAAGUGUCUCAGGGACAGAUGAGUUGGCUGUAUCAGAGGACAGUGAGAGACCCGUGAAGACAUCCAGUUCUGGAAAGACAGUGCGCUUUCAAAUACCUCAGGACAUCGAAGCAAUAGCAACCAGCGAGAGCUCUGAGGAGAGCCUAUUCCCAGACUAUGACCUUGAAGAGUGGACAACAUCCAGCUUUGAAGAACUCUUCAUGGCAGAGGACUGGGAGGACAUUACAGAUGACCAUCUCCUCAGAAAGAAGGUACUAGAGCAAGGACCUGAGCCUUCCUCUCGGCCCACCUGGGGGCAGGAGGUUACCCUUCGGCUGCAAGGAGUCCUGGAGGACAGGACAGUGGUGGAGAAGGACUCUAAGCUGGUGUUUGUGAUUGGUGAAGGGGAUGUCAACCUGGCCCUGGAGCACUGUGCAGCAUCGAUGUGCCUAUGGGAAAUCGCAUUGCUGCUCGCUGACUCACAAUACACUUAUGGACACCAGGGAAGGGAUCCUGAUAUUCCAGCUUGGUCACCUUUGCUCUAUGAGCUCCAGCUUCUGGACAUCAGAGACAAGCCAGACCCUCUGACCCUUUCCAUCCCAGAUCGUAUCCGGAUUGGCAAUCAGAAACGAGAACGAGGCAACUUCUACUUCCAGAGAGAAGAAUAUUCUAUGGCUGCCAAGGCCUACUGCAUGGCUCUCGAUGUUCUGACAACAAAAUCUAGAGACAAGGAAGGUGAUGUUUUUGUCGAGGAAGAAGAGGAAGUGCAGGAGUACCGGGUGAAGUGUCUCAACAACCUGGCAGCUGUGCAGCUAAAGAUGGAACAGUUUGAUGAGGCGUUGCACACCAGCAAGGACGUGCUUCUCCUUGACCCGCUCAACGUCAAGGCCCUUUUCAGGAAGGGAAAGCUGCUGUCAGACAAAGGUGAAUAUGACGAGGCCAUGGAAACAUUGAAAAAGGCCUUGAAGCUUGAGCCCUCCACAAAGGCCAUACACGUUGAACUGGCAAAGUUGGUGAAAAGACAAGCUGGUGAUAACGACACCCAGAAGUGGAGGCCCAAACCUGCCCAGGUGCUCGGGGAAAAUUUUGCUCCUUUCUUGAUUCCAUCAAAAAAGAAAACCUCAGGAAUGACUUGGAAGCUCCUGUUUGGUGCUAUGGUGGUUGCAGUUGGAAGUUUAGUGACAUCGAUGGUCUUGACGGCAAGAAAUUGACUCAUCUUGUGAAACACGAGC